AUGUUUGACACACCCUUUCAAAAUGAUAAUCAUCUUGCCUACACUAGACAAACGUAUUAUGAUCCUAUUGGAACCGGUAGUACCGGCUUACAAAAUGUUUCAACUCGUCUAUUGAAUCAUCAUAAUCAACAUGAUCAUGAUAAUGUACAUCAACAACAACAACAACAACAUUCUUCUCUCAACACAAAUAAUAAUAAUAGAAUUAAAACAUUUAUAUUGUUGACAGCAACAACUGAUGUUUGUUUAGUACCAAUAUCCAACCCAAAGAAUGUUAGGUUGAAACGAUGGACAACCAAUGCUUUAAACAACUUGAAUCGUAAUCAACCAUCACCUACUAUUGAACAAUUGCGAGUCAUCAAUCCAGAGGUAUCAUCAUCACUUGAAGGUGAAGAGGUUGAAGAGCCUGGAAUGACAAUUAUCAACGCUUCACAUCUAUGUAUUCCACAAGCACCCCUCCACACCAUCUACACCGAUGAUCUAGUGUUGACGAGACUACACGAGCUUGUAGUUUGGCCACCAACACUCACAUCGCUCACCAUACACACGUAUGAAGUCAAGUACCCUCUGCCAGUGUCACUCUCUCACUUGGAUAUCACCUUUUUUCAAGCUUAUGCCCCCUUUCAAUUGAAUCUAGAGUAUCUUUGUAACCUUAGCAGUUUAUCGGUCGUUUGCAUGUAUGACUCUUACAAUCUUGUAGGGAGUGACCUGACACUACCAUUUUCACUGACCAAGUUGUCGAUUGGAGAGUUGGGAUCACAAGUCAACAAACACUGGUUUCCUCCGGGUCUACUUUACCUCGACAUCAAAGACACCUACCUAUCUCCAAGUCUUGGUUCAAUGCUACCACCAAAAUUACAAUACAUUAGAGCAAGAUGUGACACACCACUUUUACCCAGUCUCAUACCAAUGUCUACUCUUUUACAUGUAGAUAUCUCCUUUUACGAUGAUGGUUUUCAUCAAGACACCAGUAUGAUGAUGGAAUCAUUCUAUUUACCACCAAUAGUAGAAUCAUUUACUUGGACACCACUCAACCUUGAUUGUAUUUCACCAACACAUUUCCCAACAACUCUAACAACUAUUGAUUAUAGUGGAAUGCAUAAACAAACACCAAUCAAUUCAUUUAAUCUUCCAGAAUGGUUAGUGUCAUUUAGUUAUUCAUCUCUUCAAUCGAGACCGCUCGAUGAUGAUCCAGACUCAACAAUAAUAUUAUCACUUCCCCAAAAUAUUAAUAUCAUCCCAACACCAACAGAUAAUAGUAAAAGUAUGACUAGUCAAACAUGUACAUACCCAUUCUUACAAUUAAAAAGAUUAAAAAGGUUGGAAUUAGUAUUAAACAAUGGAACAUUUAAUCGUAAAUAUGGAAGGUUUAGUAUUAGAAUCGAUCAUAUUAUCAAUCAAAGUCAUUGUCGACAAUUUAUAGUUUCAAGAGGAUCGACCACUCUAUUACAAUUUGAAAUUAGAAGAUUAGAUCCAAAGAAUGCAAGUGUAAUGAUCAUUAUAGAUAAUUCAUUACUUGGUGGUAUUAUAACACAAAAGAUAAUUAAUAACAACAUCGACGACAUUGUAUCACCUGACUACAAUGAUGAAAUGAUACCAUUAUACCAACCUUUAUAUAUCAACUAUGAAGAUUCUACAAAUUCAUCAAAGAAUGUUAAACUAUGUGAUACUCCACAUAAUGAUAAUAAUAAUAAUAAUAUAUCUAAUGAAUAA